GGAGUUUUGCUUUCCACUUGUACGGUACGAUUUGCUACCAACCAAACAGCUUUUGCUGGAAUUUAAUAUAGCUCUCUUUUCCAUUGUAUAUUUUGUUCAUUUGUCUGCUCUGCUGAGCAUUUAAAAUCAUUUGCAAUUUUAAUAACACCAAAUAAGGAAAGAUGGGCCAAGUUAAGAAAGCUUCAUCCGCUCUGAGCAAAUUGUUUGUGUACGGAGCCUUGAAAUACGGCCAGCCGGGAAAUUCUAUAUUGGCCAGCACCGGCAAUGGCUAUGCCAAAUUUUGGUGUCGCGCAACAACCACACAAAAGUUGCCGCUGGUGAUUGCCACGCGCUACAACAUUCCCUUCCUGCUGAACAAACCGGGCAUCGGUUAUUAUGUAACCGGUGAGAUCUAUGAGGUUGAUGAUCGCAUGCUCAAAUCGCUGGACAGCAUCGAGGAUUGCCAGGAUAUUUACAAGCGAGAGCAGCAGGACAUGAACAUUGGCAUCGGCGAGGGCACCGUUCCCUGCUGGGUUUAUCUGCUGCAAAAGUAUCCCGAGAAGCUGUUGUCCUUGCCCUACUUGUCCGGCUAUGAGAAUACCACCGCACAACCCUAUAUAAUGCGCCAUCGUCGCACGCACAAGCAUCCUGCCCAGGAUGAUCUCAGCUACGAGGUGAAGAACUAAUAACGAAGCAAAAAAUGUGUUCAACAUACAAAAAAAGAAAGAAAAAAGGCGUAGCCAAUUAUUAAUAUUACCGAUAUUUGCAUUUGUAGCACGUAUAUACACAGACUUAAAACAAUAUUAAUAUGUACUCGUUACAUAUUGCCUAAUGAUAUAUUAUAUAUAUAUGUAUAUGCAUAGUAUAGAUCGUAGCGAACUGCUUGUAAUUUUAUAAGUUUCGACUAAAUAAAAUCAAUUCGAGUUUACACUUUGAAAA